AUGUCUGACAAAAAAGCGUCAGCUCAAACAUCGGCUACGAAAAAAGCCUCCGCAGCUAAAACAAAGACAGCUGCAGCAACACCUGCUGCACCAAAAGUAGAGAAGGCUGAACCCGCCAAGAAAGCAGCUCCAGCUAGUGCUCCACCACCAGCAGUAACAACACCGGCACCAGCUAAACAGAAAGCACCAACAUCAAGUGCUAAAUCUACUUUAGCUAAAACAUCAACAAAAGUUGCAAAAAAACCAACAACAACAUCAAAAGGUGGAAAAUCUGGUUCUAAAAAGAAAUCGAAAUCAAUUAAAUACUAUAUCGAUUGUACACAUCCAGUUGAAGAUGGUAUUUUCGAUCUUAAUGCAUUCGAACGAUUUUUAGCUGAAAAAAUGAAAAUCAAUGGUAAAACAUCAAAUUUAAGUAAUGUUAAUAUUGAAAAAUCGAAAUCUAAAGUUUCAAUUGCAUCUGAAGUACCACUCUCAAAACGAUAUAUGAAAUAUUUAACAAAGAAAUUUUUGAAGAAACAUGAACUUCGAGAUUGGUUACGUGUUAUCGCCAAUGCCAAAGACUCCUACGAAUUACGAUACUUCAAUAUCAAUCAAGAGGAAGCUGAAGGCGAAGCUGAUGCUUAA